AUGAAUAGAGCCAGGUAUGAUGAAACCAAUCGCAAAUUUUAAGUAUUUCUUUAUCACAUUCAUCAGGAAUAUUAAGCUGAAUUCAAAAUUCCAAUUCUGCCCACCAACCAAUAAGAAAACUUUAAUGCUCAAACAUUAUAUAGGCUUUAUCCUGAAUUGAUCCCAUUUCAAGCCAUAAAACCACAUCAAGCUCAAGCUUUCAAUCCCGAAAAGACCAGACUGUAUAUAGAGGCUUUGCAAAAGCAGAAUCAAGAGAUAAAUUAUGAAUUAAAGCAAUAAGCUCAUGAUAUUGUUACUUUGUCUUAGAUGGUUAAUACAUUGAUUGAUGAAAAUCGAAGUCUUUCAUUGCUACUUGAACAAAAGGAUUUAGAAACGCAUUCGAUCGUCGAAACUAUGACCAUUAAUGAAGCAGAAGAAAUCUCUGACCUCAGACAUCAAUUAAGAUUAUUGGAGGAUGAAAAUUCUGUCCUUUUAAAACAUGUCAAAGAACAAAGGUAGCAAUUAGAUGAUAAAACACAAGAUGGUUAUGAAUUAGAAAAACAAUUCUAAAAUUCAAAAAAAUAUUGUCUCCAAUUAGAACAGUAGAUCGAAAAGCACAAGUUAUCAGAAAUAGCAUAAUCUGAAUAAAUGUAAAUUCUUAAGGAAAAUUGCAGAACUGAAUUAGAACUUAAGAGUUCUUAUCAAUUCGAAAACCAGAAGAAGGAUAGUGUUAUCACAUCAUUAACCUUCACUGUUGAAAAGUUGAAUAAACAACUACUGUAAUUAUCAACAGAUUACGAGAAAUUGCAAUCAGAUAAAACUGAAUUGCUUUCUCAAAGCAAUCUCAAGAUCUAUGAAUUGAAUCAAGAAUUAGACGAUUUGAAGAAUGAAUUGUAAAAGUAUCAGAUUACUAAUGAUACGUUAAUUAAGGAAAUCAAUUAAUAGCAUGAAGAUUUGAAAGAUAAAUAAUUAUUAUGCGAUCAAUUAGCUGAUUAAAACGAUGAUAUUAUUUAAAAAUUGUCGAUGGAAAUAGAGAAAUCGAAAAAACUAACCGAAAACGAAAAUAGACUCUAAAAUCAUAUUGGAGAAUUGAGUAUAUAAAAUAUUCAAUACUACAACACCAUGGAAUAGAGAUCAGAACAAUUGACUUAAUUGUUCAAUCAGAAUACUGUGGAUUUAGAUUAUUAGAAGUUGAAAUUCAAUUAAACUAUGUAGAAGUUAAAAUAAGAACAUGAGGAGGAACUUAAAGAAAAAAAAAUGGAGAUCGAAGAACUUGAAUAGAAGAACACUUCAAUCUCAAAAGAUUUGAAUAAUAUUAAGAAUGAUUAUGAAUUACUUAAGAUAGAUUAUGAAUAGAGCAAGAAAGAGAUUAGUGAUUAUCAAUAAUAGAAGAGAAUCAUAGAAUAGCUUUAGUUACAGAACAGACAAUUAAAACUUCAAUUGGAAGAAAACAAGUCUUUGUUACAAGAAUUUGUAACACACAAAGGUGGAGUCUAGGCAGACAUUGAGGAAAGAGAUAAACAUAUACAAAAGAUCAUCAAUCAGAAAGAUGAUAGAAUUGCUGAAUUAGAAAGAGAUUUUCAGAUGUAUUAUGAGAAAUGCGCCAUUCUUUAAUAGCAUCAAAAGAAUAAUGAACAUUUAGAGCAAUUGAACUUCACUUAUAGAGAAUAAAAAGAAUUAUUUGAAUAAGAAAAUGAAAGAUUAAAAUAGGAGAUUUCGAAAUUACAAACUCAAAUCAAUAAUUAUGCAACCGUAUAAAAAUAAUAGAAGAUCAGAGCAGAAAAUAAGAUCAACGAGGAAAAUUAAUAACUCAGAAAAGAGUGCAAUGAUUUGUCCAAUGAACUCCAAAAACUAAAAGAUCAACAAGCUAAUAUGAACACCUUACCCAUACCUCCUAAACAAUCAAGUGAAGCUGGAAGCAGAGUACGAUAAGGAGGACCUUCUUAAGACUUUUAGCAAACCAAAUAAAACUAAGUCUACCUUCAACCAUAAUAACUAAUCUAGCCUCCAUCUCCUCAUCAUUCAUAGCAUUCACCUGUUCUAUCGAGAAGAAACAUUUAGGAAUCAGAUGAUGGUUCCGUUAAGGGAGGAGGUAAUAAUGAUGAACAAGUCAAAUAACUUAAAUAACAAUAAAUAUAAAGAUAGAGAGACAGAGAAAACUCCUAUCAUUCUAACAUGUCAAAUGCUCCAUACAGAAGAAAAUCAUAAUAAUAAUGA